AUCUUUCAUUAAUCUUCAGCUGCAUUAAUUUAAAAAAUUUAAAAAGUCAUGUUGGUUUUCGGAUUCAUGUUUAGUAUGUAGUUUUUAAUGUGUUGUUGUAAUAACGUUGGAUUUGUUAAAAAUUCAAAAAUAAUUCAUUCCUGUCAUAAGGACAACAAUAAGAUAAGUUAAGUUUUUGUUUUUUAAAACAUUCAAAAUCGUCAACCUUUUAUCAAACAUUCAAUCGACUUUCUGGCAGAUGAAUUUGGACAUUAUGUACAAAGACAAAAAUCCCAAUUGGGUGAGAAGUGGACAGAUUCCUGCAGCUGAAAUGUGGGCAGAGCAUUUCAACAGAACUGUCAAGAGGAGAAACCCCAUCUACACAAAAUACUUUGAUAAACAUUUAGCACUAUGCAGAGUGAGAUAUGGAUUCCUCAAUGCAGAUCAAAUAUUCGGCAUAGCUCUAGAAAAAUUGAACAUUCCAGCCUGCGGCUUCAAAAUUAAAAAGACUUUCAUGAAGCAACUGAAGACUAAUAGGCCUAGGCGGCUGAGCAAAAAUAAUAAUCAAUAUUCAAGAUCAGCCAAUGUAAUCGCUACAAGCGUCCGUCUUUUCGAAGACUGCGACGAAUCAUCUAUUAUUGAGAAUGACUUCUCCCGCCAUCCUGAAAUAAUUGAAGCACCAUCAUCCCCAGCAUUCCAAGAUAAUGUAUAUGAUGAUUUGACCGAACUGUUUGAAGCAACAGAAAUUCAACCCUAUAAACCACUAUGUCGGAAAACGCGACCGUCUCAUGUAUCAACAAAAACAAAUGAACAACAAAAAAAUAUCAACAGUCCCAAGGACAAAAGACUCUUGAACCAAUUCGAGAAAUUCAAAGAUAUGUCUAAAAUGAGCUGUGAAAACUCUCAACCAAAAAAUAUGGAGGAAAAAAAUGCAGUCAGCAGUAGCGCAAAAGUAGACUUGAGUACGAUAAUGAACAAAAGUAUUUUGAAAAAUAGCUCACAUCAAAUAAACGUAUCAACCCUCGACAAGUCUGUACAAUUUCAUACAAACUUGGAAGAAAUCUUCGAGUUUAGUGUUCCCGAAAAAGACAAUGAUAGCUCAACUAUCGAAUAUAAUUCACCCAAUGAUGAAUCUUUGAACAUUCUUGAUGAUGAAAGUAAUGAUGAUGAAGGGGAAAAUGAAGAACUUAAAGAAGGAAUAUCGCAAAACACGUACAUAUUUUCUGAUGAAAAAACAACUGUUUGUAAAGACAAUAUCUUUGAAAGCUCGCUUCAAAAUAAGGAAAUAUAUAUGGAAAAGGAUGUGAGUAUCACAGAUCAACAUAAUCUUCCAAAUUCUUGGCAUGAAAGUAUUGGAAGAGAUAAAAAUGAAAUAGAAGCAUUUAGCGAACUUCACAACGUGUGCUCACCCGAUAGAACCAUUGAGCCGAUUGAACGAUCGUAUCUGAGUAGUAGUAGGAUUGAAACUCACUUGUCAGAUGAGGAAUUAUCGUGCAUAGAAGUGCACAAGCGCACCCAAGAGAGACCAAUUUGCCAACCAAAUGAAAUCAUCAGUGAGGAAAAUGCUCAAGACGUCCGAACACCUAUUGCAAUAGACAAUUUUGAGAAAAGACAAUCUAAUUCCAAAAAUGAGGAAAAAGAAUCAUUGCGUUUUGACAGUGUAAAAAUUCCAUUCUUUCCUAGAAAUAAAAUAAAUAAUUCAGAUGUACUUGAGACAGAAAUUUUUUUUUUUGAAAGUACAGAAAUUCAACUGCACGAUGUAACUGAAAUCAUUGAUAAUGAAAAUGAGUUUUUAACUCAAGACUCAUCUAAUCAAGGUUUAGAAGAGUUUGUUGGAGAAGAUGUAGAGACUGAUAGAAGAAGUAAUAGAAGUGAUCCAUCCAAUAAUGAAUCUUCAAACAGAAGUAUCAAUUCCAAUCUUGAAAAAAUAGAAAUGCUAUCUGGUUCUGGAAAAAAAAUGGUUGAAAGUGUCGAAGUCAACAAAUAUACAACAUAUUUACAAUCAAAAAAUAUUCCAUUCACAAAAAAUAUUUCAAGUGAAGAGAAAGCAAGACAAUGCAAUGUAAGGGUUCUUUUUGAUAAUGAGUCUUUGAAAAGUAAUCAAAAUGAAAGCAAAUAUUCUAGUCCAUCAGAGAUUGAGAAAAAACUUUGUUCUGGAGGAGAAAUGGUUGAAAAUGAUUCAUGUGGGGAGAGUAAUAUUUCCCAUUUCCAGUCCAUAAAUAUCCCAUUUGGAAAGGGAAAUAAGCCACAAAAGAAAUUAAAUACAAAACAACUUUCCCAUAUGCAAUCUGCUAACAUCAAAAUCAGAAAGAUAUUUGAUAGAGAAGUGAAUAGUUUGGAGAAACCUCCAAGUCAAAUCUCACCCACGCCGAUGCAAGCGCCAAUCCAGCAUGCAAAUAGAUUUGAGCAUUUGUCUGAGGGGCACAUUUCAAGCCAGUUAUUUGAAAUGGAAAAUGAACUUCAGGAUUAUCACUCUAAUUCAUCCUCAGAGUCUUCUGGAGCAAGGAAAGGUGAUAAAAAUAGCAAUUCUUCAUUAAUUCUCAGUGAUUGUUUCAGAAACAUGAGCAAGUACUCGAAUGAGAGUGACAAGAAUGGCAUUGAUGCUCGAAGUUCAGAGCAAGUGAGCACAAAUUAUGAUUUGACACUUGAUGACAUGUGGGAUUGUGUAGAUGAUGGUAGAGAAUCAACUCUAAUCGACAAGAGUAUGUCUUUUAAUAUCCCUUCUGUAGACGAUGAUUAUCAAAUGCUGGAAUCAGACGACUCACUGGCUGAAGUGUGCAAAGCGAUGAAAAAGCCCAUGUUGUCGACCUUUGGAGCAGACUUUGGUAGCACCAAAAACCAGCGCAAAUUUGAUGAAGAGUCUCUGGCUUCUUCAUUGCACUUAUCUUUCAGUCCGAAAAGAAGGAAGCAAAAUACGGAUGGAGCGUUGGGCAAGUCUGUACUCUGUGCAACGAGUGGAGAGAAUGCGCCUUCACAGACGACAGCGGAAUCAAAUGCCCUGAAGAGGUGUUUGGACUGGCUGGAACAGAGCGACAAGCAGAAUCCGACCAGUUGGAUGGCGACCACCGCAGCGGCCUCAGAUGGCCUCAUGCAGCUUACAAUCCCCGAUCAACAUGCCAUGGAUGACGGUGGUCAGCAACACCUAAAUAUACCGGACAUUGAAUUUUCCAGCAGCGAAUACUAAGUUGAACAUCUCAGUGAGCCAGUUCAGUCUUUAUUCCCAACUUCUACCAGCACUUAUACAUUAAUCUAAUUUUAUUUCUACCAAUAAUAACUAACGUCUACCUUAUCUUAAUGUUAUAAGACUUUUUUAUAAUAUAGCAUAAUUUCACUGAUAUUAUUUUUCCAAUUACGGUAUUGUAUUAUUAUCAUUAUUAAAUGUUCAUAUAGUUUCCAUUUUGUGUGAUAAAUUGCCCCAGUAUUCAUACUUUGAAUAAGAGUAAUACGUUUUGAGAAUGCUUGUUUCAAAUUAAACACAAUUUCUGUCAUUGGUCAAACGUAAUUAAUUAAUUCUCGUCACUGAAUACUUGUCAAAACUGUUCAAAUACUGACUAAAUCAGUCAAUUUGAUUUGAAGUUCAUAAUAUCUAUUAAUGUUCUUAAAUACUAUUAUCCUGUAUUCAAUUAAACGGGAAAUUAAUUAUGAAUUUAAAUUUCGUGUUUCUUUUCAUUGUCAAUAGUUUCUAAUUAAUUUCAAGCGUAAUCAAUAUUUUACCAUUAAUUAUGUUAAUUACGGUACUUCGAAAUUUAAUCUAAAAUUUUAUCAAUAUUGGAACUGCAGUUGAUUAAUACUUGUUAAUUAUGUGAAUAUGUAUAAUAUUACAUAAUGUACCUGUAAAUAUGUAAUAUAUUCCUAUACUGUUUGUUUAUGAAAUGAAAUGAGAACACUCUUUAUUAGUCGGUAUCAUAGAAUAAAACAAUCUAUAAAUAAAAAGGUUUUCUCUGACAGUAUACAACUUGAUUAUUCAACAUAUAAAAUUUUUAUGAAAAAAUGAAGAGAUAAUUCAUGUUGUUACCGACUUACCGUACAUUAUUUUUAAACCUCAGCUAUUCUUGUUGAUACUAUAUAAAAAAUUCAGUUUCAAAUAAAUGAUAAUUAAAUGUCAAAAUAUCUUCCCAUUUAUUUUGGUUAGAAACUAAGUGCCAUCUGCCAUGAUAAUUAUACACGAUUCUUGAAAAGUCUUGGACCAACUUGGACUC